AUGCCGUCUUAUAAUCGUUUCGUAGAGCCUGGCCGCUUCUGCACCGUUACUUACGGUCCCGAUGAGGGCAAGCAGUGCACCAUCGUCGAUGUUGUUGACCACCGAAGAGUCGUUGUUGAUGGACCCAAGAACGUCACUGGUGUGGCUCGUCAGCAGAUCCCUAUUCGUUGGUUGGCCCUGUCGGAUUUCGUCGUCCCCAACACUUUCCGUGGUGCUCAUGGCCCUACUGUGGCUAAGGGCCUCAAGGAGGGCGAUGUGCUUGCUAAGUUCAACGCUACUAGAUUCGCCCGUAGGCGUGUUGCUCGCAAGAACAAGCUCGCUCUCACCGACUUCGAGCGUUUCAAGGUUAUGGUUGCCAAGAAGCGCAUCGGUCAGGCCAUGCGCGCCUCCAUCAACAAAGUCCGCAAGCAGCACUAA